GUGCCGCCAGCCGCCGCCCAGGCCAUUGUUUGAGCACUUUCGAGUUGCAACGCAGCAGCAGCACAGAACAGCAGAAGCGAGAGACACGUCGAUAAAGUUUCGCUGCUUGCCGAGGUUACAUAAUACACUCGCCUCGCCGUCCCUACGCAAGCGGUAGUUACUCUACGCCCUGCCCUGCCUUGCCUUGCGACUGUCCGUCCGACGCUGUCCGCCGUCCGCGAUCCGUCUCGAAAUUCCAGAAUUUCCGUAAUCAUCCCGUCGACACCCUGCUCCCCGGCCACGCCACAACAACUACUACUUUGCAUACCAGCUCGCUCUCCGACUCCUGUCUCGACUCGACCCAUUCAUUCUUGCCUUGACUCGACCUUCUGGCCCCAGUUCAUCUUCGAGGUCCUGAUCUCUGCCUGACGCGGUCCCGCUUCUGGGAAGUUUCCAGAAAUUCUCUCAAUAACCAUCUUUUGCCCUCGACACCCUACACAUCAUGGCCUCGUCGGCUUCCCCCAUAGAUAUCGCCACGCCACGCGCGUCGCCCCCAAACCAAACCUCCAACCUCACCAGCCAACUGCAAGCCGCAAAUGCGCGAAGCGGCGACACUCAACCGCCGACUUUCAUGGCCAACAUGGAGCGUCGCGGCAGCGAGUUCAGACCCGAUAGCCUGCGCCACGGCUCCAUCAACAUGGGCAACUCUUUCCACUCACGUCCCAUCUCGAUGCGUGAUCGCGGUCGUCGCGAUAGCACUAACCACGCUGGCAGUCUCAUGGCUGGCAUGAGCUGGGGAGGUCUGUCCGUGGGCAGCUUUAUCCGCGACGAUCUGAUCAUGGCAGGCACCUCGCCAUACAACUUCCAGUCUCCAUCCUUCCACUCGUCUUCAUACCUCCCCAAGAUGGAGGCCAACUUCAUGAAGGACUACAUUUGCUGCGGCAUCACGCUCGAUUCGCUGCACGAGCUGCUUCAGCACUACGAAGAAGCUCACGCCCAAGUACCUACACAAACCAUGGGUCGCACUCCCAAGGAGCACUUGCUCGCCAACGCUCGCAAUGCCAAUGCCGGCACUGCCGCUCAGAUGUUGCAGCAGCAGCAGCAGAGCCAGCCUCACAAUCACCAGCAAGCCCCCCAGUUUGACCACCCCUCUGGUCUUUCUCAAGGCCUGGCCCGCGACCCUCUGCAAGAUCACGACAUGGACGACAUGGACAUGGACAUGGACGAUUCGACUAUCGCUCCCGCUGUGCAGGACCCAUACCACAGCCACCAGUUCCAGCCUCAACCACAGUUCGGCAGACAGCAGGCUAGAGCCCCGUCAAUCAACAUUGGCAUGGCAAGCGCCUUCCAGAACACACAACAAGUCAACAAUGUGUCGACGCCCACAACACCACAGCCCGGCCAGACCAUGCAUCUCGGUGGCUUCAACCCUACCGUUUCCUCGGUAAACACGCCGACCUUUGGACAAACAUCACAGACCGUGAGUCCAUCAGAGUCGACAGUGCACACCCCAGGCGAGAUUGACCCGUCCAAUUUCAAUGCAUCAAUGUCCGGCUUCGGCUUCCCUGACAUGAACGGGCAACAAGACGAGUCACGGUGCAUCGAUGACCCCGCCAAGCGUUUGCUCAGCAAGCAAGGCGGUAUGGGCGGUUUCAAGAACCCGAGUCAAUUUGCCAACAACAGCGAAUUGGCCAAACGCCUACGGGAGCAACAGCUCAUCCAAGGCUUCGGCUUCCCUGGUGAAGAAGCCAAGCCUUUCCGAUGCCCUGUCAUCGGCUGCGAGAAAGCAUACAAGAACCAGAACGGUCUCAAGUAUCACAAACAACACGGUCAUCAAAACCAGCAACUCAAGGAAAACCCAGAUGGCACCUUUUCCAUUGUGGACCCCGCUACAUCAAUUCCUUAUCCCGGCACUGUCGGCAUGGAAAAGGAGAAGCCUUAUCGCUGCGAGGUCUGUGGUAAACGCUACAAGAACUUGAACGGCCUCAAGUACCACCGUCAACACUCGCCGCCUUGCAAUCCUGAUCUCAAACUCAAUCCUGUCGCCGUUCCGCAGAUGCCUAAUGGAAUGCAAGCUAUGAACGUCAAUGUUGCUGGAGCCGGUCUCUCCAUGGGUAUGGAUGAUGGCCUGGGUUACUAGUACCCUUCUUACUGCUCUCUUUACCUGUUCUGUCAGAGGCGUUGGCGGCGCCCUUGUGUCUGGAUCGCUCUUGCUGUUCACGAUACACAUCCGCUUCACUUUGUGAUACCCGGCACUGCACGAUCCUCCUUUUAGGGCGGCUCUCGUCCUGCGCUCUUCUUUGCUUGAUUGCUUUUUCGGUUUUUUGCGGGUAAUUUUCAAAAUUGUUUUGAUUCUAUUUUCGGG